CACUCGGAGGACCAACCCACGUUACAAGCUGUAGUCCCGGGGACGGCUGUGCUCUGGUCUCUCCCCGGUGGCUCGCCCGACUUCCUGUCCCGUUCUCGCGGCUGGCAGCACAUGUCGCAGCCUCGCGCGCUCCGUGGCAUCAGGUUGCCAUGGUUUCUUGCGCAGAUCUGGGUAACUACAGCGUGAAUUUAUAGGUUACUCGUGCUCAAGUUGGCACCCAUUAAGAGCAGCCCCCCGAACAGUGCAGUGAGCUCGCAGACACCAGAGGCCCACUCGGGAGCGGAGCAUGAAGUCGCUCCCACAGCCGAACUCCUGGACGGACACUUCGGCCCGCGUCCUCUGGGCGGACAGUCAAGCUCAUCCCGUCUUCGAAGCGGCCCAGUCCGGACGGCUGCCUGACACCACGGACUGUCCGUUGCCCAGUGGCACCUGCCUGUCGCCGUGCGCUCCGCUUGGGGACGGGCGGCUGAUGACUUUGAACGGCCAGGACGGGCCGAAGAAGGAGGUGGCUACGCUGGACUUGGACUCAAUGGGCAAGUCGUCCAUGAAGCAGACCAGUCUCCAGGGAGGCGAUGCCACCUUCAGCUAUCACGGAAAAACUCUGUACCUGAGAGAGCCGGGGCAGAGCGCCCCGACCCCGCUAUACCCGGUGCCAUCGGAGACGCAGGCCUGGGUUCAGUUCUCCACAUCCCGCCCGGACGAGCCGACUGCGCAGACGGCGAGCAGAACGAAAGCCUGCGUGCAGCGGUCUGCCAAGGUGGACACACAGGGCGUGUCGUUCACCCUCCCACCUUCGCAAGCAGUGCAGUACGACACCCCAAAGUGCCGAGACAAGCACGGACACAUCAAGCGGCCCAUGAACGCCUUCAUGGUGUGGUCCAGGAUCCACCGGCCGGUGCUGGCCAAGGCUAACCCCACGGCGACCAUCACGGACCUAAGCGUGCAGCUGGGAAUCGAAUGGAAGAAACUGUCGGAGGAGCAGAAGAAGCCGUACUUUGACGAGGCCAAGAAGAUCGAGAAGAUGCACAGAGAGAACUUCCCCGAUUGGGUUUACCAGCCGAAGGAGAAAAGGAGAUGUGACAAGAUGGUCCACCCGCCACUGCCGCCGCCUCCUCAUCCGGGCCCCCCUCAGAGCCCCUCGCCGAUGACAUUGGCCAAGGUUGUCCAGUACCCCAGCAAUCAUCCUGUCGGUUUCAGCCCGUCGUCCCUCCAGACAGGAAGUGGCACAGGGCAGAGGAUGCCCGUUUAUUUCAGCAGCACCCAAAUGGCCAGCUCCCAGCCUGAAGCCAGCACAUCUUCAAGCCUGCCCAUGAUGAUGGACUGGGGCUGGGGUGGUCCCAGUCAUCCUGACAUUGUUGGCCCUGCUGCUGCCGAGCCCAUGUUCCGGGACCCCCAGGGAAAUGUGUGGAAUCAGGACAGGCCAGCUCUUUCAGAGGGACACGACUACAGCCAGGGUGCCCACCACUUUCAGCAGGACCCUCACAUGUGCUCCCAUAUGAACCUGCCGCCUCACAUGGUUGACCUUUCCAGAAUGUGCCCACCUGUCCCCUGUCACCUCCUGUCCUGCCCAUUUUACCCUCCAAGGUUUUCCUGCCUGCACUCCGGGAAGCCCCCCUUGACCCCUCUGGCAGGUAACGGCCUUGACUUCCCCAAUCCCAUGUCUGAUUUUUCAAGUUGCUGUGAUGAGGUCUACCAGAAGUACGAAGCGGUCCUGUCAGCACUGGAUGAGCAGCAGACGUUCAGAGGGAGCCAAGCCCACCGUGAGGGUCCACAGGCCCCCAGCUCCAAGGAGGGGCGCUCCGAGGGUCCUUUUCUCAGCAGCUUACUGAGUUCGGGAACUGGAAACCUCGAAGACAUCUUCACCUUCCCUCUGGUACCCCCACUGAAUGAAGUGAUUGUCAAUGAGGGAGACUCUGGAGAAGAAGAGGACAUCAAAAGCAAGUAG